CGGGCUACGCUCAGUAUUCUUCCGGUCGCCGUCAGCGAUGGACGUCUCCGCGCGCGUGCUCGUAUUUUUAUUCGUAAUCGCGCUCGUAACUGUCCGCGCUCACAUGUCGCUUCCCUCUCACGAUAACAUCCUUAGAAUACAACUUUGGGAUGCUGAGGGGUUAGUCAGAGAACCCAUAGCCACAGAUACUCCGAAAAUCGUAAGACACAAAACGAAAGUUGACUUAUCAUCCUUAUAUGAUGCGAUGAUGGGUGAUGAGUAUGAACACGGUGUAGGGCGGUAUGCAAGACAUAAAGUUAGGCAUAAGAGGCGUAGGCCGCGUCAAAGCGGGACCGAUCUACCCUGGAGGUUCCAUUCUGGGACAAAGGUGAUGAACGUUGCGGUCUACGAUGAUGAUGUGCCAUGGAAUGUGAUAGAGGGAGCUGGUAGCGAGAACUCAAGUGCAGUGAGUGAUACAAGUGCAAGUUACCAAGUGUAUCAUCGUGAUGUGUCGCUGCCGAUGCCGCUUCGACGAGACGAGGAAGAAGAGCAGGAAGUGAAAAAGGAAUUGCCAGUUGUGCCAAAAUGUUGCGCGAGCGGGCAAAACUUGAGCGUCACAAUCGAAAAUGGAAAAACAAAAACAGUCUGCGCCCGGUCGAGCCUUACUUUCCAGCCAAUAUUCCACAAAGCUAAUGAAACGCACAUAUGGAGUUACGAUAGCAAUGUGUUUGAAACUAUAGUCGGCAACCCUUGUGCUUAUGAUAGGUACAAACUAGAGCCGGACAAAAUGAGCGAAGAUGAGUUUUAUCUUUUAUUCAAUGGCUCUCUAUUCAUGCCGUUCAGUAAGCCUCCGUUGUUGGGCACAAGGAAUUUUUGUAUGGAGACGUUUUGGAACGAAUCCAAUCCAGCUGGAGUGACGCUUCCACUGGUGUGCUUCUCCGCGCCCAUUGAGGAAGCUGGCACGUCACCCACGCUUAUCGCUUACGCAAUCGGGUUGAUAAUAUCAGUGCCGUUUCUUCUGGCAACAGCGGUUGUGUAUAUCUUCAUAACAGAGCUAAGAGACACACAUGGAAAGGCCCUAGCUUGCCAUUCUACGUGUUUAGCAAUAGCAUUUUCGUGUUUAGCGGCAACGCAGCUGGCCGGACAUGCUUUUCCCAACACCGCUUGCUCUAUAAUGGCCUACCUCAUCCAGUUUUCAUUUGUUUCCUGUUUUUUCUGGUUGAAUGUUAUGUGCUUCGACACUUAUUUAAAUGUUAGAAGAUACAUAAACGCAUCAGUAAGUAGAAGGAGUAUGAGACGAAGAUUUGCAUGGUAUUGCGCAUACGCAAUUUUACUACCAAUUCUAUUACUAAUUAUAACAAUAACAAUGGACCUAUCACCGGCCGUACCUAGUACAUACUUAAAACCUAACUUCGGCGUUAAAGGCUGUUGGUUCAAAACGGACCAGGCCGCGUUGCCGUAUUUCUAUGGCCCAGUGGCUGUAAUCCUACUUAGUAAUUUAAUUAUAUUUCUCUUCACUUCCCGAGCUUUUGUGCGGCAUUAUGACAAGCUUAAGGACGUUUCACCCUUAGACCUAACGCACUCAGAGUUCAGUACAUCUGAUGAUUGGGUGCGACUCAAUACGGUGCUAGGUCAACCUGUGGCCGUCACUGAAACUUCACCAACCAGAGAGCCGCGAGUCAACUUCAACCAGAGGUUAAAGAAAUAUAAGAAAUUAUUUCGCAAGUGUUGCCUGUUAUCCGCCAUCAUGGGCAUAUCCUGGGUGCUGGAGGUGGUAUCUUGGGCAGCAGGAGCCGGUACAUCAGCAGUAUCAGUAUGGUCGGUGUUCGACCUUAUCAAUGCAUUGCAGGGUGUCGUAAUAUUCGCCAUCUUUGUAUUGCAACAACCCGUCCGAUCGUAUGUUAAGCUAUCAAAACUCUACAGCGCGUGUAGAAGAAGAAAAGACGAAUCAGAAAUAUCCGUAGUGAGUGACAGAAACAGUAUGAGUGGUACGGGCCGAAGAGAUUUUGUGUAGUGAACAUCGUGGAACAGAGCUACCAUGAAUUGACAUUUCAGUAUAAUUUUCUAUAAAACGAAUAUCGU